AUGGUGUGGGGUCUUUUUCCGGUAGAUCCUCUUUCAGGUUGUGAUGUAAUUAUUACCAAAGACAAAGGCGUUUCUCGAAUCCAUGCAGAAUUACUUGUCGAUGAAAUGAUUUCAGCGAAUCAUCCUCUCCACAUGAAAUCUGACCUAUCCUCCCGAGUUCGGAUUAGAGAUUGCUCCAAGUAUGGAACAUACAUUAACAAGGAAAAGGUACAUGAGUUCCAAAAUAAAGAAACAUUUUUAAAAGAUGGAGAUGUGGUUUCCUUUGGAACGGCUACUGCCUCCUUUCAAGUGGAUCAGCUUCUUCAAGACAACGUUUCAUCAAUAGGUGCUCGCAUUACCUACAAUUUGAGUGAAGAGUGCACGCAUGUUCUUGCUGAUGAACUCAUGCCAGUUAAAGAAGAUCUAGUUGAUGCUAUUGUGUCUAAAAAAGCUAUUGUUCUCAGGAGUUGGGUUGAGUUGGUUGCAGAAAAAAGGAUUGGUUUAGAAAUUCCUAGCUGGAGCUCAUAUAUUCCAACGUUGACAGUGGAAGGAGAAUCAGUCAAAGUCGCAGCACCAGAAACUCGUGCAAAGUGUUUGGAAGGAUUCACUUGUCUGCUGGAAUCAAUAACUAUGUAUAAGUUCAAGGACAGAUUGCAGUCUCUGUUGGAAGUAGGUGGUGCAAAGAUUGUUUCCGUAGAAGAAUUUUGUUCAAAUACCCAAGGCUUGGAUUAUGGACGAAACAGUCGCAUGGUAUGCGUUAUCCCAAGAGGAUUGCCAGACAAGUUUAAUUCGUUCAACAAACUGGGUUCAUUAUCUAGAGUGAAUGAGUUGGACUUGUUAAGAGCUGUUUUGUCUGGACAUCUAGACUUGUCUGUUUUGGUAUCCCCAUCUGUUCUUGUUUCAUCAUCAUGCUCUACUGAUGAGACAGUAGUAGCAGAUUCUGAUGCAGAAGAGGAAACAGCAACAUCAUUGCAUUUCACUGCUGAUAUCUCCAAAGAAGAAGCCCCAGAAUAUGUGAACAAACUGGAAAUGCCCAUGCAACCUCAUCCUAUAUCAAAAAACAGGCAUGCUGUAAGCUCUACUUACAGCAUUGGUGGCAUGACAGCAAAAAGAGAAACAGUUAAUGAGGCUGAAAGUGGAAAUUCUGAUAUUAUUUAUAGUCAAGAUUUAAUCAUUAGGGAUUUGAACUUACCUGCUAAAAUCAGUUCGACUGCAAAUGAUGGAGUUUUAAAUUUCAAACGCUUCAGAAAGGGCAACCCUCAGUCAGGGAAUAGCUUCAACAACCUGAUUCCGUUCUCCAAAUAUCCAUACAAAGAUUCUGACUGCGGGAAUCAGGAGAUGAUCGAGUCUGUGAAGGAAGAGAAAAGGCGAAAGCAAAUGGAAGCAGUUGCAGAGGACUUAUUCAACACUGCAAAGGGAAGGCGGCGUGGAGUUGCUGGUUCUCUUCACGGACUUCUUACUCAUGGCUGA